UCGACAGCGAUCGGUCGGUGAAUUAAGUUAAGUAGCGCGCGACGAUGGAUCAGGCCUAUUUGAAACCGGAGGAUGGCGGCUAUGUGGCCGCUAGUUCUGACUUUGGUCCUCCGAUCAAUCGAGCCCGGAUAGUCCUGAUGAUUACGCUAAGGAUAUUCCUGAUGAUUCCUGCCCUAGUUGGGGAUCUUUUUCGGGAGCUCAUUUGGUGCCCUCGAAAAUCUGUCCGUGGUCAGGUAGUGCUGGUGACCGGUGGAGGAAAUGGUCUGGGUCGGGGAAUCUGUGAAAGGUUAGCCCGGGAAGGAUGUAAGGUAGCUGUGGCCGACAUUGACUUUGUUGGAGCAAAACGCACUGCCAAGAAGAUACAAAAUGAAGGCGCCGAAGCAGAAGCCUUCAAAGUGGAUGUUUCGGAUUUCCAAUCGAUUGUCGGCUUGAGGAAAGAAAUCGAGCAGAAAUUUGGUCCUGUCGAUAUUUUGGUGAACAAUGCUGCGCUUUUGGGUGUUGCAAAUUGUUCCGAUGGAACGGAAGAAGACGUUCAACGGAUCAUCGAUGUGAAUUUGACUUCACAUUUUUGGACCAUUCGAGUUUUUAAACCGGGAAUGAUCGAACGAAAACGUGGUCACAUCGUUGCUAUAAGCUCAGUUUUUGGACUUGUGGCAACAUUUCGGGGGACCAUCUACACUGCCACCAAAUUCGGUGUCCGUGGAUUGAUGAGAAGUUUGCACGAAGAGUUGGAUUUCCUUGGGCAGAGUCAUCAGGUGCAGACAACGUGUGCUUACCCUUCAUUCAUGGCCACCAGGAAGGAGCUGGUUGAAAUAUUGAAAGGACAUUUUGGCAUCAGUGUCAAUCCAAUAACGCCUGAACAUGCAGCUAAUAUCGUUGUUGAUGGAAUGCUCCGGAACGAUUCCGAAAUAAUGGUGGGCAGAGUCAUGGAUUGUUGGUUGAUACGGAUAAUGCAAUUCCUCCCGAGAAGGAUAUACCGUCUGGUUAUGAAAUCAAUAAUGAGAGAUGUCGACAUCAAUGGAAAACAACUGGCCUAAUAAAAUUGGUAAAAUUAUGGUUCAAAUCAAAUAAAAGCGAAAUAAAAGAUAUAAUCUUAGUUUCCUAGCUAAAUUUGAAAUAAAAAUAAUUUAAAAACAAAA